CUGUGUUUCAGAGGCUGCAGCCCGUCCCUGCGAGCCCCCUGCGAGGCGCAGCCCCGGCGCGGAGCUGGGCCGGCGAGAGCGGGCUCCGCUCAGUGCCGGCGGCGGGAGCGCGCUGCGCGCCGCGGCGCCUCCUGGCCGGGAACAGCGGGCAGCGCGCCCGAGCGCCUCGGGAGAGUCUGCGGAGCGUCCUGAGAGGCUCCAGUUACUUUCAUGCUGUGUGGUCCCCACCGCUGCGAAGCAAUUUUUCCUGCAGCUGGGAAGUACCAAGCUCUUCCCUCAGCUCGAGGUUAAUCAUCUGCUUGCAAUUAACCUGUGACCUCCCACGCCCGCGGCGCGGGGCAGCGCUGUAGCUUUAACGCGGGCGCAGGCAGCCGGAGGGGGACCGCGGUGCCAGGUCCGGCCCCGGAGCUGCCGCAGAUCCCUCGCUGCCGCAGAUCCCUCGCUGCCGCCUGCCAUGGAGAGCCGCAGCCUCCUCGCCGCCCUCCUGGCCGCUGCCCUCACCGCCCUCCUGCCGCUUCCCGCCGCCUCCUCGGCCCACCGCAAACUCCUGGUGUUCCUGCUCGAUGGCUUUCGCUUCGACUACAUUGAUGACGGCGAGCUGGAGGGUCUGCCGGGCUUUCGGGACAUUGUGAACAUGGGGGUGAAGGUGGAUUACAUGACCCCAGACUUCCCCAGCCUCUCUUACCCAAAUUACUACACACUGAUGACGGGUCGCCACUGUGAGGUCCAUCAGAUGACUGGGAACUACAUGUGGGACCAGAAGGCAAAUGUAUCUUUUGAUAUUGGUGUGAAUAAAGAAAGCCUGCUGCCUCUCUGGUGGAAUGGAUCAGAGCCUUUGUGGGUCACAAUGAUGAAAGCUAAAAAGAACGUUUCCAUGUACUACUGGCCAGGUUGUGAGGUCGAAAUCCUUGGAGUCAGACCAAGUUACUGCCGCGAGUACUUCAGCGUCCCAACAGACAAAAACUUCGCGGAUGCCAUCAGCGAUGCCCUCGAGUCUCUGUGCAACAACAGCGCCGAGAUGGCCGCGGUGUACUAUGAGCGCAUUGAUGUGGAAGGCCACCACUACGGCCCCUCGUCCCAGCAGCGGAAGAACGCUUUGAAGGAAGUGGACAAAGCCUUGAGCAACAUGAUCUCACUCAUCAAGAGAAAAGGCCUUCAGAAUGAUAUCAACGUCCUCCUCUUCUCUGAUCAUGGGAUGACAGACAUCUCUUGGGCAGAUAAAGUGAUUGAGCUGAAAAACUAUAUCAAUAUGAGUGACACCAUACAAAUGAAGGACCGAGGUCCUGUUGUGAGCCUCUGGCCAACUCCAGAGAAGCAUGCAGAGAUAUAUCAGAAAUUGAAAGCUGUGGAACACAUGGAUGUUUAUAACAUAGAGGAUAUUCCAAAGAGGUUUUACUACAAAAAAGGAAAAUUUGUGUCUCCACUAACUCUUGUGGCUGAAGAAGGAUGGUUCAUAGUAGAGAGCAGGGACAAGCUGCCCUACUGGGAGAAUGGGACAGGGAGGAAGGAGGCCUGGCAGAAUGGCUGGCAUGGCUACGACAAUGAACUCAUGGACAUGAGAGGCUUCUUCCUUGCAUAUGGACCAGAUUUCCGAUCCAAUUACCGAGCUCCUCCCAUCAGAUCCGUGGAUGUUUACAACAUCAUGUGCAGCCUGGCAGGAGUACAACCACUGCCCAACAAUGGCUCCUGGUCCAGGGUGGAGUGCAUGCUCCAAAACACAGCCCCCUUGGCACCACUCCCCCCAUGCAGCAGCUGUGUCCUGGCAUUAGCUCUGCUCUCCCUGUUCGCCAGGCAGAUUCCUCACUGUGAUCCCUGAACAAUGUCAGUCAGUGUCACCAGCAACUCCAUCCUUCUCUGCUUGUUUUUUUUUAAGUUCUUCAUCUGAAUAAUAGCUUCAUUAAUAGAGUGCUGUCUCCCACUCCUCUAUUGUGCUCCACCAGGCAUGAAUCUGACCCAUCCUGCAUUUAUAAUGUUUUUAACAUAUGAAGCCAGGUUUUGUGCUGCUCCAAACACAGCCAAGGACAAUGGUGUCACCCACCUAGAUUUACAGCACUGGCAGUGAGAGCAGAAUCCUGUCUGGCUAUCCACAAAGUUUUCUGGUGGGUGUACACGGGGAUCUCAGAGCAUCAAACACAUCUCACCCCAGCAUCUUUCACUGAGGAGUUCACCCUGGUCCGCCAUACUGAGAAAUUCAGGAGUGGAGACCAACUUCUUUGCAUUUAGCUGGGUUCAUCCUGGGUCACUCCUUCAUCUGCAGCUCCACCAGCAGCAGAGCCCCAUCUCCUCCUCAGAGGGCAAGCCAAGCCCUGUCUAUACAGACAGUCUUCAAAGAGCCAAGAGCUUUGCUGAGAGACCACAAUGGUGGGUCAGCAGGAGAGCAGUGAGAGCAUCCUACUUCUCUCAGCCUUUCCUUCUUUAUUUUCACCAACAUGAGUACUGACUCUGCCCAUUUCCAGGGCCAGGCUUUCCUCAUGGACCACAGAAGAAGGGUGGGCUGGGAAAGAGCAAAGUGACAGAAAUCCUCCAGUUCAAAGCCAGUGGGAAAAUGAAUGGACAUCUGGACACACAAGGGUCAGGAGAACAUAGGAUGAGGACGCCUGGCAUUUGCCAGCCUCCCUGCUUUUCCUGGUGAAGAUAAUAUCAUCUGAUCACAUUUUGAUGUUUUAUACCCAAUUACAUUUCUGAAGGUUUUUCCACACUUACUGCUCUUCUACCAGAUUUUGCACUCUAUACCUCUGCCUGGUGAUCAGCACAUUUCCCAUUAUUCUGCAGCAGGGAGAAAGGUCUGAUAGUUCUUCCACCCUCCCAGCUAAUCCUGGUGAUUAUUUCCAUCAAGCACAAGCAAAGUUGUAACAGCAAAGUUAAAUUAAACAGCAGGAGAGGAUAGAGCUGUUGCCAGAGGUGCCUUCAGGAGUGCUUUAUCUGAUAUACCUCUGAACCAGGAGCUUUCAGCAACAAACUGCCUUUGGAAGGAUUGAGGUCCCUCCCCAGGUAAAACAAACCUCUAGGACUUACUACUCUUCUGGAUCCAGAGACAAGCACGAUCAGGACAUGUGUGAUACAGUGCAUUUAAGGGUGAAUGAUUACACUGUGGGGAAAAAAAAAAAACCAAACACCAAAUUAAACUUGACAAAAGACUUCUGUAAAAGCUGUAAAGAUUUAUGUAAUGUGUUUUUAAAGCUCAAGUGAACCAUUAAAUCAGUUGGGAGAAAAAUGGAAAAAUCAGGCUUUGUUAUUAGACUGUUGAGUAUAAAAGGCAAUUUAGUGCUUUCGAAGCAUUUGCAGUAGCUGUAAAACAAGCACCUAUUGUUCAGAGUUCUCUGUUGCUCUUUAAUGGACCAGGCUCAAUGAAACAACUGGAGCACAUUUUUAAAGGAAAAAAACCCAGCAUACAAGAUAACCAAAUUACCAAGUUUUGUCUGAAAAUCAUCAGGAUAGACACCAUCAGUGCCUGCUAACCCCUCCACAAUGUGCAAUUUUAAGUCUUACCAGCAAGCAGAAGCCAAGAUCUUCUUACAGAAGCAAUGUUUCAAAAGGUAUAAGGGUAUAUUCAGCUCCUGAGUUAUAGAAACAGAAAUUGAAAAUAACAAAUUUGGUCCCUUGAAUUGUUCCACAGAUGGGUCAUGACACGUGAAACCAACACUGAUCUUUGUGACUACUUUGUGUAACUCACUUUUGUCAGUGUCCACAUGCAACUACUGAGGGGUAAAUCCAAUUCCAAUGUGAUUUCUUUGACCUUAAUGCAAGCAUUGUUGUACGGUAAAAGAUACUUGGUCUGUAAAAGGAAAAUUUGAUAGACCUUCAAGAAGCUCAUUAGCUUCAGAAGAACUGCAGCUCAUUAUUUUUUGAAAAGUGCAUCUUUCUUCCUCAGAAAUGUCAUACCUCUGAAUCAGUUCAUGUUCUCAUUCAAAAAUCAAGUGUCUUAAUUCUCGCCUGUUUUUCUGUAUACUAUGCAAUGGAGGUGGGUGUAUUUUUAAACCUAUUUCUGAAUGAUGUUUUUAUACAAUGACUGAUUGUGAAUGAGUGAAUAAUUCUAAAAAUGGUGUUAGAAAAAGCACUUCUUUGUAAAUACUGUAAGAUUUUUGAAGAAAAAACCAGCCCAAAACCCUUCCUUCAACACUUUGCCUUUCUUGUCUAAUUGCUUCAUCAAAGUGUGAUAAACAGUGUUUGAAGCUUGUGCUGAUUAAUUAUCAGAAAGACUAAUGAUAACAUUGUUUAGAAAUGGCAAAGUUGUCAGCAUGUAAAUUAAGUACAUUAAAUGCAUCACAUGAGAUGAUGUAGCUGGUAUAUGCAGUCCUUUUUUCCAGAUGUAUUUCAUUGUUUAACCUUUUGAACAUUCAUUCAGGAACGUGUCAUUCCCACUAGGCAAUGGACAUGACAAAACAUUUUGCACGUCUAAGAAGACAUGUGAGCCCUGUAUGCUCUCUUCAGACAGUUCUCUAAGCCCACUCUGUCACCAUCACAUUGGCUGCUUGCAUAGAAAUUAAAAGCAUUGUCACUGGUAUGAGGGUGACACAUAAGCUCUCUCCAGAGCCCCCCUUUCCCAGUGGAAUGUGGUGCAAAUAUCAACAAGACCUUGAAAACCAAUGCUACACGCCUCAAGGACAAGGGGGCCCUACUCCACUCUAAGUUCCACAAACCAGCCAUGUUCAUGGAAGAGACUAAUUUUAUAGAAAUAAAUCUCCAAGCCUACUCUCCUUAAAAAAAUUAUCUCCUUUUGACCACAGAGCAGGGAGUAGAUGAUGGAGGAGGACCAGUACAGGUAUGCCAACCAGUCUUUUAAUUCACAGCAGGACUCCCUCUGAACCAGUAGAACUGCCAAGGUCUGCCAAAGAUGCUCCCCUCAUGUUCCGUGAACAUGGGUCCUCAGCUAGGAAGCUGCUGAGAGACUGCCUGCACAGGAAUAAGUCUCAGUCAGCUCCCCAUAACAGUGCCAAAAAUGGCAAUUUCACAGCUAAAGAUGAGCCCUUUUUACCAAUGACCUUGGUAGCCAUGCAAAUGGCAUGGCUGGCUAGGGCUCAGCAGGCCAGCCCUCCAGCAUCCCUCUGGAUGCAGCCUGCACUGCCUGCACAGGCUGCAGCCUUGUGGAGACACUUUCUCAUUGGCCCACAUGCCGGCCUGCACCGUUCACAAGUACAGAGACUUCUCAAAUAAGGGGUGAAUGAGGAGGUUUUGCAGUGCUGGUUACCUUCCUUGUCUCCUAACUAAUACAUCACAAUAUAUUACAAAAUCAUAGAGUAUUCUAAGUUGGAAGGAACCCACCACAAGGAUCAUCAAAUCCAACUCCUGGCCCUUCACAGGACCUUUCCCAAGAAUCACACCAUGUGCCUGAGAGUACUGUCCAAAUGCUUCUUGAGCUCUGUCAGGCUUGGUGCUGUGGCAUCUCUCCGAUGUUAACCCAUGCACCUCAGCAGACCAGAUGAGCUCUGGCCUCUGGGAAGUGAAAGGCAUUGGAAAAGCUCCAUGUAACAUUUCCUCACCUUCUUUUCCUUGUAGGGCUGUAGCAGAGAGGGCAGAUCGCAGAAAAUCCAAUAGGAAUUUUUAAGAAAACAUAGCCUAAUGAAGAGGAAGAUUUGAAACCUUGCAUUUUAGCAUAAGAAGUCUUUAACAGCUGUUUUAAAAGACAACUUUCACAUACACAGAAAAACAUUUUUUCUGUAAGUAUCAAAACACAUCUAAGUUAAGGGAAGGAUGAAAAAUAAGAACCUUUCAGAAUUACAGUUGACUGGACACAGUAAUUCUCAAGCUUCAUAGAGAUGGAUUGUAUGGAUUAUAUGGACUGUGCGGAUUAUUCUGAUGUUUUAAAUACAUGGAAAUUGCUAUGGACUUUAAAAAGAGUAUGACAUUAUCCCAAAUCUGUACCAAUGACACCGGUUCAGCUCUGCCAGCCCAGCUUCAUCAGGAAGUUGAGCACUGUGAGCUGCCGGGUGGCCUGCCCUGCUCCGUCCCUAGGCCAGCCAGGUGUCUGUCCGAGAUGCGGGAAUGCCUUGUGCAGCCACACCACCCACCAAGGCUGCUGCAUGUCUGUUGCCCUCCGCUGGACCCGCUCCAGGGGCUGCAUGGCCUCCUUGUACUGAAGAGCCCAGCACGGCCCACAGAUCUCCCCACACGCCGCCUCUCGCCCUGGCUGGCCCCUUUUCGCGCGGACAGCCCGCCAGGCCACGGCGGCGAGGCCGCAGCCCCUCAGCGCCGGCGGGAGGAGCCCCGGAGCCCGGCCCGGCGCAGCCUGCGCGCAAACAGCGCACUGGGGACAAGAGUGAUCCUUGCCUUUAGUGAGGAGAGUCAGGCUGGGACUUCUCCUUGCUUCUGUGUCUCUCAUCGCAACUUUUCGUCUUUCUCCCCUGUAACUCCCCCGGUACCCUUUGUGCUAAGGCCGAUCCCUCCCCACCCCAAACCUGCUGCCUCCAUGUGGCACUUCCCAAGCUUCCCACCCGCUCCUGCUCCUGUUUCUACAGGAGGAUGAGUGGGCAAGAUCUUCGUGUGUACGUGGCCCAAGAGAUGAACCAGCUGGAUGUACUCCCCACUCUCAGGACUUGGGCUGCAUCUCGAGCUGCCUUUGUUAUCAUUAUAGCCUGAUCCCACUGGUGGGAAACAAAACACAUAAAAGCUGGAACGGGAGGGGAGCGGGGGGGUGACACACCUGUUGCUCUGCUACGUGUGUCCACUUGCAGCUUGGCUUGAGGUGGAACGCAGAAUCCUUGGGUCAGAUGUCCCAGCAGCGCCACACUGGCAACUCUGAGCUUUUGUCAGCACAGGGGAACUCUGUCUAAAACAGCCACAGGUAGCAAAGAAACAAUGAGGAGGGAUAUGAAGAGUGGGCUGAGGUGGGAGAAAUUCAGUGCCCACUUUCCACACCAGACAGUUCAGGGCUUAGCUGAGCUCCAGGGAGCUGAUUGUGAUCCUCCCUUGGCCGCAGCACAUGAGGCAUUUUAGUAUCACGAUAGUAUCAGUCUUCAGGAGCAAGGGGCACCAGUGCAUGCAUAGAAGAUGUUCCUCCAUCUCUCACCAAGGGGUUGCAGGCAGCCAGCCCCAAAAUGUCAGCAUUCUCUGCUGGGAACACAUGUCCAACCAAUCUUCUGUGGCUUCUGUGGCUGCCAGAGUGGGCAAUAACACUUCUGUUUUUCCCAAGAAAUCAAUAACACACUAAAACAUUACUCAUCACUUAGAUAUAUUGUUUGGUGAAUAUUAAUUAAGCCUCAAAAUUGGCUGGAGACACUGCCAUUGCUUCCUUGCCAGAUAGAAAAAGGGAGGCUGAUGUGGCAUCAGCUGUUGCAAAGGCUGUGGAAUGCAGGUCAGGUUUGCAGGGGAUCAUCUUACAAUUCCUACUGAACACUCACUCAGCCUGCUUCCUCACUGGGCUGCCUCCAUGCAAAGGCUCCUGGCCACAUAAAUGUAUAUAAAUGGGCCAUGUGUCCAUUAGAGGCAUUUUUAACCUUUCUUUAGUGGCUCCACAUGGUGCUCAUUCUACAUCACUAAACAACCAGUGCAUUGGCACUCACUGUACCUCCUAUUCAGGUUAGUUUUAGCCCUGCAAGGACAUGACCAUACCAAGUGAUUCGGCAGGAGCCUGCUUCUGAUUUCUGAGAGGUGCCUGACUCCCUCUACAUGAUCCCUGGGCAGAAGGAGGCUCUGACAAAUUAAAAAAUAAUUUUUUAGAAGAGCUUAUUUGCCUCCCAAUGUAUCCAUCCGUCCAUCCAUCCAUCCAUCUGUAAAUUGCACUCUCCCUUGAUACUUUUACUCCAUACUGGUGGAGCUUUGGGGUGCAAGACUUUGUUUCCUUGCUUGUCAGAGUAGGCAGCAAUGUGAUUUUCAUAUUACAGCCCAUUCACUGUCCAUGAGAAUUAGAGAGGGGUAACCCUGCUGACCACAUCCCAACUGAGUAGAUUCUGUAAGAGAGAGGGAAAGCAGCCCUUUGCCCAUCCAUGGAGGGAUUCUCGAUGCACAGCUAUAACAAGAAAAUAAUUUUGGGCUUAAAAACUAAGAUUCUAAAUUAUCCUUCAAAUAGCAGUUGUGAAAGAGGACAAAAAAAAAAAAAAAAAAAAAAAAAAAAAAAAAAAAAAAAAAAAAAAAGCUGAAUUUUUUAAGGUGGAAUUCAGGCAGUUUAUGAGGUGGAUUAUACACACUGCUUGCUUACACUGCUGCAGGGGCUGGGUGAAACAUCUUGAAACAUCCCCUCCUGCCUUUACAUUAAGUGGUUCCUUACAAGAACACUUCUGACAAAGAAAAAUAACUAUUUCCCCCCUUUAAACAGAAUAAACUUGUGAGGGUACCAAGCUUGCUUUGUGUUUCAUACUUCUUUCAUCAAGAACAAAUGGGAUGAACGGAGAGAAGAUAUUUAAUACCCAUAAUGAGGGGAGCUUUCCAGCAGAAGACAGACUCUGUUUUAUGCAGAAAUAGCUGAGUGCAGCCUGUAAAGGCCUAGCAAUUAAUCACACACUUGAAGAAAUACAACACACUCAUAGAAGCUGAAUUUUAAAUGCUUGUUGCUCCAGUUUGGACAGUGACAAAUUAAGGCCUCCAUAAGAGCAGGUGUGGCUCUUGAAGAAGCCCUCUGAGGGCAAUUAAAAAUGGGAAACCAGCUGGUAACUGUGCAGAUGUGACAGCUAGGGUAGCUCAGGAAAUUAAUACAAAGGAGGAGGAUGGAGGAAUAAAUGGUGUAGGAGCUGAGGCAAUAGAAAUAGGACCUGCUCUCCACAGGGGGUUGCUCCAUGGCAGGUGAAGUGCCUCAUCAUGUGGGACGGGCAAAGUGGUGACAGUCACAUAUCCACAUUGCCCUGGAGAGCUGCCACAGACAGGCUUCAAAUUAAUCCCUCACUGAAGGACACCUAAAACAUUAGGAGCUGCUGCUCUGUGUGUCACACCGUUUCCCCUGGUGCCCAGGGCACAGCUGCAUUCAAGGAUGACUGAAGCAGAUGGUCUGGGCACAUCUGAAAUUGCCUGUGGUACCCUGUGAUGAAAAAGGCAAGGGAUGAGAUCAAGGGCAGAUUUUCCCAAAUCAGCUUCAAUGAGCUCCAAUCCAACAGGUAAUAUCCAGGCAGGUUUCACAUACAGUGCUUCAUUGUUCCUGGUCAGUUCAUUGUCUCCAGUGUUCACUGUUCUGAAUCAGUCAGGAAAAUGAUAGUUUGUCCCACUGAAAAUACAGAAAAUAAUUCAGAUGCAUGACAGAUUAUAAGGAAUUUGUCAUUUUCUGUUAAGGGUACCAUUUAGGAAGUGUGAGCAAGAUCAUAAGUAGUGCCAUGCUACAGCAAACUAUGUAUGAGUACAAGCCAGAGCUCCUCAUCCCAUUUGAAAAAGGAUGUCCCCAUGAUUGUCAUCACAAUUUCUCAGUGCUGUUCCUCACACAUCUACUCCUACCCUGCCUUUCUCCACACAUCCAGUGUGUGUGAGUUAUCACUGGGACAGAAUUUACCUUCUACCAAAGUGCAGGCUGGGGGACUGUUCCCAUCAGUCUGUUUUUGUAAAGUAAUUUGUUGAUAAAAAUCUCUUUCGUGCUGUGAAUAAUAUGGACUAUUUCUCAGAAAAAGCUGUCAGCACAGAUCACUAUAGAUUACAUUUUUGUUGUUUUUUCCCCCUUGUGCAUAGGAAAGGUGUACUCCUGGUAACAUUAAGCUUUGGCAUCCUUCCAGGCAGCUGAGCAAAACAGGAUUUCAUUUGAGACAGCUGACAAAACAGCAGAGUGGACAGGGUCUUUACCAGUUUCAACCCAAAAUAAAAAGAUCUCUCUAGGGAAGGGCUGCUCAGCCACUUGCCCAACUCUGUGAAGUUGAGUAUUCUCUUCUCUCUUGAAAAAAAAAAUCUUGUUUUGGUGGCCAUAUUUCCAGCAUAGUGUUGAAGCAUAGGAAAUUUUCUGUGCAAAAGAAGCUCUCUUUCUGUGUUCCCCUCCAACACUUGCUGCUUGUCACCAGUGUGGGUUGUGACAGUCCUAACAGCACCAUCCUAGCCAGAAUGCCAAAUAAUAAGGCCGGAUGGCAGCUUCACUGUGAGAAAGUACCAUCCACAGUAACUCUGUACAUGGGCACAGGUACUCAUUGCAGCACAGACACCCUCUCUGGCCUAACAGCUUUCAUAUGAUAAAUGCAUCCUAAGACCAAAUGAAUUAUUUUCUAACAAGCUCAGCAUCCAGGGUCUCAGCCAGGGACAAGGGCCCCAGCUGGCCAGGAACAAACCCACCUCAAAAAGCAGGAUUUUUUUUCCAAAAUCCUGCAACAGUGGGAGAAAGGAUGCAACCAGAGAGAGCCAUGAACUCAGCCUGAGGCUGUAUUGAGCACACAAACAGCAGCCACAGGGUGGAGAUGAUCUCUGCCAGCAGUUUUCCUCUGUUUAAAGGAUGGUAAUGGGCUAAGUCGGAACUGGCAAUAGGUAAAGAAAGAGAAGAUAUAAGAUGAAUCUUAUAAAAUUAUCUGAACCUGUUCUACAUCCCCAUUUCAUUUCCCCUCACAAUCAUGGGUAGAAAUGGAGAAGCCUGUGAUGUUUCAAAGGUUUCACGUGCCAGUAUGGCAAACAGAGCCAACAGCAAAACAACCCUGCCUCCAAGAAUGGACAAGAGGAGAAGAAAUUGCUUAGUGCUCAUCCAUCUCCGUCCUGUAAUCUGUUGUGUCUGGUGACUGAGGCCACAUGCAAACAUCUGCGAUGCAUCACAGACCUUCUGCUGGAGAGAGGAGAUGGUUUUUUGAACACAAAGUAAGUUUUGAGGGACUUUGCAGGCCUUGCAAGGGAAUGAACAGCAAGUUCUUGCAUGUAUGAUAAAAGUUGGGGGGGAAAGGGAGAAGAUUUUAUUAUAAGAUGAAUAGGGUCACCGUGAGGGUGACUGAAACUUUGAGGCACAGGAACCUCUGGCACACGAGGACGAGGAGGCUGAUGGGUUGAGACAAGCAAUAACGACUUGUGUUUUAGGGGGCUGCCUGAGCAGAGGGGAAUACCUCACCAGGUUUGCAAGAUGUGCCUAGUUCCUACCUAGUGGGUGAAGGGUGGCAAAUUGUUCUUCAGACCAGUUCUUCAGGAGUUAACCAGGAGUAAGGAGGGCCAUAGCACUUGGGCAGCAGAGAGAAGGAGUCUGCAUGACAGGACUGCCAGAUGGCUCCUACCAAGAUCUCUCUCCAUCCCUUCCCACAGGGCUCUUUCCACAACCCCACUCUGCCUACAAAUGGGGCACCUCCAGGAAAGCGAACCCCUGCUGCGCUCAGUGGCUGCACCAUCUCCUGGCCCCAGCUAGGCAUCGCUCAGGGACACCACAUGCUUACAGUACAACCACAGACACGUCAGCACAUUCCAGUAUCAACUGCUAUUUAUUAUAACUCUGUAUAAACCAUGAAGGCGGGUACAUAUCGUUCCCCAGCUCAGCUGGCUUUUGGGAGUUCAGCAUCCUCCAGCCUCCCAGUAAUGCAAAGAUUUUUUUCUUCAGUCUUGAACUGAUGAUAUUCCUUCUUCAGCUGCUGGUCUUAUGACUCCCCUGCUACUGAAGUACAUCCUUACAUUUCUCUGCGCUUGAGUUUCCCUCUUUAUUUUGGUGAAGCGUCUCAGGAUUUUAAGCCCUGAUAUUCCAAUUCCCUCAUUUUCCUUAUGGAGAACAGUAUCCACCCUCCUUCUCUUCCCCUUGAGUUGCAGAGAUCCCAGUUUGGAAGAAAUCUAGGCAGAAGCUGGUGGCCUGCUGAUCCUUCUGUUCAUGGAGACCCAUGCCAGAGUUGCACCCCUUACUGCAUGGCACAAAGCAGCAGUCAUGAGACACAGAAUUCACAUAGUACAUACCAAUAUAGUCUAGAGAUUAUAUUCUUAUUAUUAUUAUUAAAAAAACCAACCAAACAAACAAAAAAAAAACCAACAAAAAAACCACCACCACCAGGUGAGACAAACCCACUUCCUAUUCUCUGUCUAGAGACUGAGCUGACUGGACCUGAUGAUCUGCUACUAACCCAGUGUCAAAAAAGGCAGUUUCCUCUUCUGCACCAUCUCAAGUAACUAAUUUUUAGAAAGACAAACAGUUCUGAAAUCUGCAAUGGUCUAAAUAUUUUAAGGCAAUAAUCUUUCAUUAGUUUCUGGAUCAAGAAAGGUCGACCCAUCUCUAGGAAAAUGUUUUAAAUUCAGUGAAAGAGCUUUUCAAAACUGUUUGUCAUUCUGUAAAGCUUUAGUUUUCUGGUGGGUUGUUUUUGGUUUUUUUUUACUUCUGACUGCAAAAAUAAGUGGGUCUCUGUCGUGGUUGCGGGGGGAGGUGAAUUUUUCCAGGGGGAUUUAGGCAGGCCAAUCAGUGAUCAGGUUUUGUGCUGGGACUUGGAUUGGCCACUCAGAGGUUUAGACACGCCUCUGAGGACACAAGGGGUUAAAAGCAGGACUCCAGGGGGGUUCGGCCUCUUUUGGGUUCCGGUUUCAGCUAAGAAACAUCUACCCCCUGCUCAGCUUUGGGCUGAGUGGGGGAGGAGAGCCAUGUGGCUGGGCUCAGGAAAACCAUGCAGCCGAACUGAAGUAAGCUGGGGCCCCGGGGAGAGAAGAGAGUGGACAGGACUGGAACUGAGCUGCCCCAUCCAGGAUGGAGGGGUGGAAAACUGUAGAAGUGCCUUCCGUGUGUGCUCACCCUUCUCCCCCGCCCCGCUCCGGGAGAAGGUGCCCAGCCACGUGAGAGUUGCCGAGCCUGGGAGUGCCUGAGCCUGCAGCCCUGCCGAGAGCUAGAAACUGUUAACCCUUGCUUGGCAGAAAGAAACUUUUCUUAGACAUUGAUUCUCAUGACUGGUGGUUUCGGAAGAGAGAGAAAAACAGCCUGGGACCAAGGUGAUAAAGCACGAUUGGAAAGAACCUGAUGGGCAGGAAAUUGAAGAAGAGUGUCUUCUGAGCUAGACUUUUCUUGCAUAAUGUUCAGCCAUAGACUGAACUCAAGCCUCCUUUGAACAUAAACUGCAUUUGGGUGGAUGCAGCUGCCUCUGCUUUUGCUACAGUGACUGACACCGUAAGAGUAGAGCUAGCAGCGAAGAGAGGGGGAGGGUGUGGUGGCGCCCUCUGCCCUCAGGAGAGACCUGCUCUUAGAACCCUUGGCACCUAGGGAAAAAUAGGGAGAGCUCGGCAUGCAAGUAUCCUUAAAAGAGCCCUGUAUGCAGCUUCAGUCCACAGACAGUGGUGAGAGCACUGGACAUGGAAAAGAGAGUGUCACCCUGGCAGACUUCUCUAGGCAGUGCCACGGGUGACAUGGAAACACAUAAGGGGUAGACCUGUGUUUUCUGGGGUGCAGUCUGUAGUGCAAGAGAGACUCCUCUCUCCCUUGCUGAAUUGAAGAUUAGGGGGUUUUUUGAGUGGUGAUUGUUUGAUUUAAAACCCAAAGGUUUAGUCUAUAGAGAGUAAUGUGUAGGGGGUAGAAACUGGGGGAAGAGAAGAAAUGUUCUGAGAAGUUUUUAUUUCUGUCUCUGUGUGUGUUUAAGAGUUUUCUGUCUCUGUUCUUAUGUAAUGUAAUAAAGUUUUGGUUUUUUUUGUUUUCAAGAUUUAAGCCUGCUCUGCUCUGUUCCUGAUCACAUCCCACAGUAGUUGUUAGAGAAAAAACAUAUAUUCAUGAGUGCAUUAACAUCUGGCCAGUGCUAACCCAUGAUAUUCUCUCACUUUGUUCUUUUCCUGUACAAACUCUGCUUUGGUGAAACAUGUGCGCUGCCUAACAGCAAAGCAUGAGAGAUAAUUGCCUCUCAAUAUUGGGUUAUAGAUAACAGUAAAACCAUAAAGGCAAAGGGGUCUACCUUUAAGGAGGAACAAUAAAUGUAUUUCCUGCCUUAGGUCUGAGGACUCCAGAGUCUCUUCAUCAUGCAUUAAUAAUAAAUCUCCAGGGUCCACUGGCAACUACUUACAAAUAAAGCACUAUGGUUAGAAGAUAGAAUGACUUUCUUCGUAAAUAAGAAGUAAGUGGGGAGGAGAAGAUGGGACACUAGUCCCAUUUAUAUUAGAUGGGACACAGCCCAUGAUGCCAGGGAGGGCUCUGGGGAGCUGCCAGCCCUGCCAGGUACAGUAGCCAUGGGACAGCAGAACAGUAGAGCUGAGGAGCUUUUUAGGUUUCCUUUUCUACUUUGUGGGCUGGAUGUGUCCUCAUCCUCCAUGAGGCAAGGCAAGUGGAGAGGGCUUCAGUCGGGGUCCCUCUGUGGACUUGGCACCUCUGUUCACCAGGGUGGCCUUGUGCACUUGCAUCAUGAUGGACAAAAUAGUUCCUGCCUCUCUUCUCCUCAUGGUGCCUGCCCUGACGCUUCUGCCACAGAUUUCAUCUGAUCUCUGCCUCAACCCAGAGUCCCCUGGGAAUUUUCAGCACUCCUUUAGAAGAAAAGAAAAAAAUAUACUGCUUUGUCUAGGUUAAAAAAAAAAAGGGAAAAAAUAGGUGAUCAUCAUUUUACUGAGCUCUGCCAAUGUCAUGUUUUAGGUGAGUUUUACAGUUGGACCAGUUACAAGUAUAUGAACAUUAUCACCAGCUUAUGUCAUAAAGAAACACAUUAAACUGCGGUAGCUGGAUGCCCAAUAGGACUUCCCUGAAAGGUUCACUUUGGGUCUGAGCCAGAGACUUGCACUAAAUGGACAGAGAAGAGCCUCUCCCUGAGCACAGCCACCCCAUGAUGGGGGUGAGCGGCAGCAAGGAGCUGAGGCCCCACAGCUCUACACAGAGGAAGCUGACACUGGGAGUUGGUUCAAGGCUACUGAGCAAGGAACAGUGGUGUGGAGGGAAGAGGGAGACAUUGUAGAGGCAGGGACAUCUAUCAUCUGCCAUAGCUAGAAAGUCAGAUGUCCCUCUUUGCUGUCCUUGACACUGUUAUUGCUCAUAAUCCUAAGGCGCACCAAGGCCAAAGGUUUGCACUUCUGAGUCCUUCAGUUUGCAGUUUUGAUGGCUGCUCCAGGCAGUCACUGCCCAGUGGUAGAUGCACAGUGUGUGCAAGGUGAAGACACAGCAACAGCAGGCUCCAGGUACAAGGGUCAUGGGUGGGGUUUGCAUUCAAACCUUUGCAGUGCACAAGCUGCCCUGUAAAGUUAAUUACUUAGGUCCUCAUUUUCCAAAAACCCAGCUAAUGGGACCCAAAAAGGCUGUAGUGCCGUGGCUCUGCUCCUGAUGUGCAUCGUCUGGUACAGAAGUUUCAUCAGCAAGUGGUGCAGCCCAUCUGUGCUGAGACUGGAACUGGAACCACAGCAAGGUGCAUGUGGGCACCCAGGACAGCCC